AUGAGUUCGAAUUUGACGGCUGAGAGCUCAACUGUAAAUACGUUUGAUAUUCGUGGAAUUCCGGCGAAAUGUGUUUGCGGGACUGCGACCACAAUCUUCACGGCGGAUACUCACCAUUUGUUUAAAUGGGUUGAGGAUGCCGUUCUUGAAGAGGUUGAAGAUGCUUUGCCCAAGAUUGCACAACUUGAAGCCGAGGUAGCUAAAGGAAAAUCAGAUGUUGGGGAUUUAAAAGGCGUGAUAACUGAGUUGAUGGAAGAGGUGGUGAGAACUAAAACAGAAUUGAAGAGAUGUGAAGUGAAGAUGAAGAUUCUUGAUCAGCAUGAGCUAGAAGUUGUUGGUGUCUUUAAGUUUGAUGAACUAGAAGUUGUUGUUGUUGUGAAGAACUAA